GGCAUGCUCAUCAUCACCGCUUUCCCAUGCUUUCUUCACAAUUGCUCUCCCCCUACUUCGCAAAACAACCACUCCUAGUCUCAAAUCACUCCGGCUCGCGCGUCCGAGAUGGAUCCAAACAGCGUCGUCAAGCCCGAAAUAGACACAACAUCCACAUCUCUUGGAGCUCGCCAAAACACAUUGAUUCCACCUAUUGACGCAUCAAUCCAAGGUAGAUAUACUAAAAGGGAAGACGAGGCUACAGCAAACAAGAACAUGCAAGCUGGUACUGAGGAAGAAAAAGAAAUGGCUGGAAGAGCAGCGGUGAUUAUCCAGAAACACUAUCGAGGGCACGCUGCUCGCAAGCACGUCCGAGAGCUUCGUCUGCAAAGGGAGGCUCGAUGGAACGACCUAGUGAAGCAUAGUCAAGAAGUCACUUACGCAAAGGACCAGCUUGAUAAUAAGAACGACGUUGUGUCAAGAUGGCAUCGCGCUGCCCACGCCGCUUCACGACUUCAGACCGGUGACGGUCUCUAUUCGUCUCCAAUAUCAACGCUGCCAUCUGGUCAAGUAGAAGAAUGCGAUCCUAAGAAAUUGACGGAUAAGGAACUAAGAGCGAGAAAGGCGACAUUUUGGGGAUCAUUGAGUCUGGGUGUUGGCAAAGACAGGGACGAGAAGAAGGAGUUACCCUUUCACAGCAAAGAGCUCGAGACGCAGCAUUGGCUGGAGAUGAUUGAUGGAAAGCAUCGCUAUGGGAGCAAUAUGAAGUACUAUUUCCGCAAGUGGAAGGAAGCUGAUACUUCAGACAACUUUUUCAGAUGGCUCGAUAAAGGUGAGGGUAAGGAUUUAGAUUUGGAAGAGAUGCCCCGCGAGAGGUUUGAGAAGGAACGCAUCACCUAUCUCUCGGCGGAGGAGAGGCUCAACUAUCUCGUCAAGGUCGACAAAGACGGUCGACUACGGUGGGUGCAUAACAAUGAGUUUGUAGACACAGCAGCUGGAAGAUGGAAAGAUGCCGGAGAUGGAACUGGUAUUGUUCCGGCUGAUCCUCAGUCCGAAGAAGACGAAAACACACCCAAGCCUCAACCGACUAUCGAUCCUUAUGCGACCCCUCACAACCACCACAUACGCAAGGUCUCCAGGACAUCCUCCUUGUCCAGUCUUUCAUCAGACUCUUACUCUCCCCAAUCGUCCGAGCUGGACGAGAAUGAAAGUACACAUUAUGCAGGAUUGGAUCAAAAGCCUGAAGGGUGGUUAGAACGACAGAGGAAACGGCUGACACCUGGAGGAGUGAGGAGAGAACUGUUGAGGAAGACAGUGAGAAGGAAUACUUGGAUCUAUGUGAGCGACAUGAAAUUGAAUUUGUUCGUCGGGAUCAAGCAAAGUGGGACUUUUCAGCACUCGUCUUUCCUUGCGGGAGGAAAAGUCACAUCGGCUGGUAUUAUAGUCGUCAAGCAUGGACUCAUCAAGAGCCUUAACCCUUUAAGUGGACAUUACAGAUCCUCAAUUGACGGUUUUAGGAGCUUUAUCGGCCAAUUAGAAGCAAAAGGGGUGGAUCUAUCACAUGUAAAGAUUGCGAAAAGUGUACUAUCGCUGUGGGGACUCUCGAAAUAUUCCAAAGUGACUAAAGCACAGAACAAUCUGAUCACCCAUGUACAACGAACCCUUCACUUAUCGCACGAGCCCACUGAAGAAGAAAAGAGCCAAGCACUGCAAGAAAACGCCGAGCGUGAAGAGAGGGAGCAUCAAGAGAGGACGAAGAUUGUGAGGGACGCUGAAGAGGAGGCGAAGAGAAGCGGUGAGAUCAAGGAUGACAGGGACGACGUGGCUACUGAAAAGGAUAAGGAAGAGAUGAGAGAGUUUAGGAGGGAGGUACUCUAUGGCCGCAGGGACCGGGUUUGACUUGGACUGACGGAAUGCCCCGGUUGACGAUAGCUCAAGAUUUUGAAGCAGCGAGAUGCUGUUAUACAUACAUUAGUUGUUAUGGGCGAAUAUCAAGACCGCGUAUAUCUUGCAUGAUGAUACCCAAGGGCUGCUUGUAUAUUUUGUACAUACAUGCAAUGGAUCUUGCCCCAC